AUGCGAAUAUCGGAAAUCUCAUCAGGUACUUAUCAAAGUCAAGUCAAACGUGUAAGCAUUCAAACAAUUUCUAAUGUAGAAAAACAUGAAACUCCAUUUAUAUGGUCAAAAUUUAAUCGACUAAGCAGUAUGCAAAGUACAGUAACACCAGAUAUUGUUGAUAUACCAGAGAGAACUAUUGAAAAAACAUCAGUACCAGAAUCAUCAGAAAAAUCAUUUAUUUUUAAUCGAAAUCGUAUAAUUUUUAUUACUAUUGGUGUUCUAUUUGCUCUUUCGACUUCUAUUACUGCUGUUGCACUUGCUAUUAAAUUUCGUUCGUAA